AUCACGUGGGUGGUGCUCCUAUAUCAUUACAUGAAUCCCAUUAGGGAAUGAUUACCUGGUUGGGGCUCCUACAUCAUCACAUGAACACCAUGGAGGAAUGAUCAGCUGGGUGGUCCAUUAACAGGCCUACGUCUUCACAUGAACCCCACGGUGGAAUAUUCACCUUCUUGACACAGGUUAAUGAGGUCAUGGUUAGAGCAGCUCGCGCUGGUCUUAACUCGUUGGUCUACCCUCCGCGUUACCGUCUGGUUCACUGCGACUUGAGUCAGCAGGUUCACUGAGGAACAUCACUGGGCCGGAUCAAUGAGGAGCGUUAUCAGGCCGCUUCACCGCAACAAGGGUUCACUGAAGAGCAUUAACGGGCGGUUCACUGAAUAGCGGUUAACCGCGACUCACCGUAUAUAAUAAUGAAAGGAUUUCCAAUGCAAGUUAACAUGGCUCCAACAAUAGCAAGCAACAAGGGUGUUAAGAGCAGAUGCCCUAAACAGAAACCAAUCGAAGAGAUGGAGCACAUGGCUGCAUAUCAGGACCGAUCAACGGCAGAGAAGAAAGCCACUUGGAGUAAAACACAGAUGCUGGGUCUGGCUGGUGUGUUUGAAGCUGCAGUUGCAGGUGCAAAUAGAGAGGUCAACAUGCUGUUUUCGCAAUAUGCUGCUGUUUUAAGUGAGAGAGCAGCGCUAGACGCCUCUCAGGUCAGGGACCUGGAGGGCAUUCUGAAUGAGGCCAGGCAGCUUGAGGCUCAGCUACAGGAGAAGAAGGACAACCUGAAGCAUACUCUAGUCCUUAUUGCUGAUAAACUCAAGGGGUGAUGACCUUCCACCCAGGCCCAAAAAAACACAUCUCAUCAAAUCAGUUUUUUGUUUUUAAACAUAUUUAUUUUUGUUGGCAGUGUUUAUACAUUUUAUUUUUACAGUUGUGUCUUCACAUUUAGUUUUGAUUCAGUAUUGCACCAGUUACAAUAUGGAAUAAAUGAAUAGCCAUUAACUGUCUAGUGUAUUUU